AUGACAAAAGGCUGGAUAAAGGAUGAAGGUCAUGAAUGCCAUGAAUUUUUGGAUGAAGUCCAUGAAUGUUUGAUCUGGAUCGCUGGUGUUGCUGAUGAAAAUAUUCUGGAUAUGCAUUUAAAAAGGAUUCUAGAGAAUAUUAGGCAUGUGCUACAAGUGUGGACGUUGAAGAGCACCUUUAUCGGCUUGCACGUGACAUGGGCAUCACAAUUAUUACAUCUUCACAGGACUACCCACUCUUUUUGGCUUGCUUGUAACAUUUUAUGUGGGAACGAAGAAUUCAAGUGGUACCCUGUUGCUGCUGCUGCCAUGUUUCCAGCUUAUUAUGAGUUCAUACCGGUUACUUUUCCCUUUUGGGGUGGGCCCGCACCAGCAGCUAAAACAGAGUCUCAUCAGUUUCUUAAACCCACAACAGUCCACUCUAAUACCCCCAUCAAUUUGGAUCAGCUUGAUCCAAAUUUAUAUGAAGUAUGCAAAGUCAUAGCCAUCAGCAGCACGUUCCUUUUUUAUCUGACUUCACUAGCCAUUGACCAUAUAUCAAGCAAUUCAAAUUGCUUCUGUGAACAGUUGAUCCUUGAAACUACUGAUGAACUAUGCAUACACUACCUAGGACCUAGAUACAUUCAUUGCAGCUAUUAUUACUAGGCUUAGAGCAAUGAUUGCAAGAGAUGAGUUCAGAAGUAGAAGAAACAAGGCUGCAACUAUAGUUCAGGUUGAUCUUGAAUAAGCGAAGGGGCAAUGGAUUGUAUUUUUUGUAUCUAAUUUGUUUGUAAAUUUUUGUUAGAACUUCUAUUGAUUUGUUUUAUCUUUCUAUGGAAC